UCACUAUCACCAACAACCACCACUACACCACUCACAACCAAGAUGGGCUUCCUCAACCGCCGCCCUGCGGCCGCUGAUGCCAACACCGCAGCUGCAACUGGAACUCACCACGAGAAGAAGCCUGGACUCUUCGCCCGCAAAGGUGCUCACGGCUCCAGCACACACCACGGCGCUUCUACCUUCAACUCUCGUCCCACAUUCGGACAGUGGAUCAAAGCUACAGGUCUCGAUAUCGUGACCAUGGCCUGUAUGGGAGCUAUUGGUCUGGGUGUCUACAUGGCUAAGCCUGCGCCUUCUCGCAGCUUUCCCAUCGAGUUCCGUGAUGGCCAAAUCGUAUACCCUCAAUUCGCUUACCCCCUUCGCAAUGAAAUCGUGCCCAUCUGGGCGGCGGCUCUUCUCGCAGCUCUGGUCCCCAUCGCCGUCUUCCUCAUCGUGCAGAUCCGUGCCCGCAGCUUCUGGGACGUCAACAACGCCACCAUCGGAGUUCUAUACUCGCUCAUCUCGGCCGCCGUCUUCCAGGUCUUCAUCAAAUGGCUCAUUGGCGGUCUGCGCCCUCACUUCCUAGCGGUCUGCAAGCCCCAAAUCCCACCAAACUUCAUCCCCUCUGGAAACAAUGCAAACGGCUACCAGUCCAUCAUGUUCGACCGCAGCAUCUGCACGGGCGACGACAAGGAAAUCAACGAUGCCUUGGAGUCGAUGCCAAGCGGGCACACCACGGCCGCGUUCGCAGGCUUCGUGUACCUGUACCUCUACCUCAACGCCAAACUCAAAGUCUUCUCAAACUACCACCCAGCCAUGUGGAAGCUGAUUGCGCUGUACGCGCCGAUCCUAGGCGCGUGCCUGAUUGGUGGCGCCCUCACCAUCGACGAAUUCCACAACUGGUACGACAUUGCUGCCGGCGCCGUCAUCGGCACCACCUUCGCCUUCAGCUCCUACCGCAUGACGUACGCCGCCAUCUGGGACCACCGCUUCAACCACAUCCCCCUCAUCCGCAACUCGCCCUUCAUCUACGGCGCGGGCCCUUCCACCCACGACGGCUUCCACGAUGCCGUCUUCACCCGCAAGGCUGGCUGGGGCACCCACGACGCCGCCGCCUGGGCUGGUGCUCCUGGUGAUGCUGCGGAUGGUCCUAGAGGAACUAUCGCCUCUGCUGGUACUGCUGCUGCGGGUGCUGCGGGCGCCGCUGCUCACGGCGCAGCGAACGGUCGCGGUACCCACGGUGGUGUUGUGGGCGCUGAGGGCGCUUCCCAUGGUCUGCACCAUGGAGGUAGGCACUCUGUUGACCGCAAGCCUGUUGGCGGUAGCCGCAUGGGCGAGAACAUUGUUUAG